GCCCCAAGCACUCCCCCCAUCUCCACCCCUGGACACCUGGGCACGCUGAGCGGUUGUGCUGAUGCGGCGGGAGCAGCACUUCUCUCACAGCAGCCAUGGACGAGAGGUGGAGAAUGUAUGUUCUGGCGCUGGCGGUAGCUGUGUGCGCGACCUCCGUAAGGGCGACCCUCGACUUCAGCAUUGACACCACAUGGAACGGCGGCGCCCUUGACCACACGCCCGUCAAGUUCAGCCUUUCCGCCAGCCCCGACCAGCAGCACCUCCUCCUCAACAUCACGGCGCCCUUCUUCAACGACCCACCUGCCCCUCCGGGAACCCCUGGCCAGCCCUUCUAUGGUCUGUGGGAGUACGAAGUGAUGGAAGCGUUUUUCCUCAACAAUGCCAACCAGUACCUCGAGGUUGAGGUUUGCCCGUGGGGUCAGCACAUCGUGUUGCUGCUGAGUGGCCAGCGGGUCACCGUGCGUCAUUCCCUGCAGAUGAAGGUCGAGACGCACAUAGGUGUGAACACAUGGACAGGCUCAGCGGCCAUCCCCGUCACCUACCUGCCCGAGAGGGUUACCUUGUUCAACGCCUACGCCAUCCACGGGUCAGACGCGGAUCGUGUGUACGAAAGUUUGUAUCCGGCUCCCAGCACGGCGCCCAACCCAGACUUCCACGCUCUGGAGUACUUCAAGCCUAUUGACCUCUCCAGCAUCCUCCCCACGCAGGCCGAGGACCCCAUGAGUCAGCUGUGGAUGGACUCCCUGCAGGGACUGUUCCGUUACGACAUCGCCACCACCUGGAACGACCAGCCGCUGUCCACCCCUCUGGUUGAAAUCACCCUGCAAGGCUUUGAGGCUGGCGUGGAGAUGAACGUGACGGCGCCGUUCUACAAUGAUCCCGCUCCUCCAGGCACCCCCGGCAAGCCCUUCUACGGCCUCUGGGACUACGAAGUGGUGGAGAUGUUCUUCCUCAACAAGAAUGACGAGUACCUGGAGGUGGAGUUGGGGCCGUGGGGACAACACCUGCUGCUGCUCCUUCAGGGGGAGAGGAACCCCAUCAGACAUUCCCUGCCUCUGGACUACAUCAUCACGGAGAGGACUGACCCUGUGGGGAAUAAGCCAGGACAGUGGAAGGGGUCCGCCAUGAUCCCCCCGGGCUACUUCCCCCCCAACGUGACCCUCAUGAACGCCUAUGCCAUCCACGGGACAGACAAGGACAGGCAGUACCAGGCGCUGUACCCUGCACCACACGACGACCCACUCUACCCUAACCCUGACUUCCACAGACUCGAUCUCUUCCGCGCCAUUGACUUCGAGUUCCAGGUGAGAGACAACAAGGACUACUCCCAGGUGUGGCUGGACGCGAUGGGAUCAACAACGACCCCUGAAACUGAGGACGCCGCGCCAACCCCCUCGGUGCCAGAGACCGAAGAGGUGAUGAUGACGAGCCUUGGACCACUGAGCGCCGCCCAGACUAUCACCCCGGAGCCGGAGACAACCGAUCCUACCACUCCAGAGCCUCAGGAGCCUGCCACCCAGCAGCCUGCUACUCCUGAUACUACAGAGCCUGUACACCAUGCUGGCCUGGAGUCAAUACAUCAGGACACUGAAGAGGAGAAAAACGUCAUUAUUCUUGACGACACCAUCCUUCGUGAAGUGACCAACACCGAGAAACCAGAGCCCACCACGUUCACUCCAAGGUCGGUCAACACAGUUACUCCGGAGCCAUCAGAAACCAUUGCCGAGAACCCUACCGAUCCCGUUGAUACUAAGCCCACUGAAGCUGCUUCACAGGACCCAACCACACUGCCGCCCACGACUCCUGCCCCAACAACUCUUCCGGAGCCCUUGGAUCCAUCGACACCCACGCUGAGUCCCGAAAGAACCAGAACGGCGACACGCAGGAGACCCCACCCCCAAAGAGUGGACACUAACCAACACUCUGUUAAUUUUGCCUCGCCGAACCAACCUGACCGUCCUAGACGCCGCCGCCCUGUGCCCACACCUCUGCGGGUGCGGCCAAACAGACGGGUGGUAAAACAAAAGGUCCCGUCACUGCUAGGUUUGCCCAUUGAAGUCAAUCUCUCCCCAGAGGAUGCCUUCAUAGUGGAGCACAUUCUGUCUCGGCAGAACCUUGGAUUCCAGAAUGCUAACAAUCAAGCACGGCGAAAUCAACAAAAUGAGCAUCAGCAGUCCUUCCCACGCGAUCAGCAGCUGAGCGCUUCUAUAGGUCAGUUCCAGCCUCCUCGUGUUCAACAGAUUCAACCUCCUCACGAUCAGCAGUUCCAGCCACCACGUGAUGAGCAGUUCCAGCCGCCACGUGAUGAGCAAUUCCAGCCACCACGUGAUCAGCAAUUCCAGCCGCCACGUGAUGAGCAAUUCCAGCCACCACGUGAUCAGCAGUUCCAGCCGCCACGUGAUGAGCAGUUCCAGCCGCCACGUGAUGAGCAAUUCCAGCCACCACGUGAUCAGCAAUUCCAGCCGCCACGUGAUGAACAAUUCCAGCCACCACGUGAUCAGCAGUUCCAGCCGCCACGUGAUCAGCAGUUCCAGCCGCCACGUGAUGAGCAAUUCCAGCCACCACGUGAUCAGCAGUUCCAGCCGCCACGUGAUGAGCAAUUCCAGCCACCACGUGAUCAGCAGUUCCAGCCGCCACGUGAUGAGCAAUUCCAGCCGCCACGUGAUGAGCAAUUCCAGCCGCCAAGUGAUCAGCAAUUCCAGCCGCCACGUGAUCAACAGAUGCAGCCACCACGUAACCAGCAGUUCCAGCCCCCUGCAAAUCAGCAGUUCCAGCCACCACGUAACCAGCAGUUCCAGCCCCCUGCAGAUCAACAGUUCCAGCCUCCUCGUGAUCAACAGUUCCAGAUUCCUCGUGAAGAGCAAUUCACCGACCAUAAGGAGAAGCAGCAGCAGGAGAAGCCUCAGCGUCGUCCACCCUCAGCAAGGGAUGAGCAGCUCUCACCGUCGCGUGAGGGAGAGGCACCGCUGGCCGUGGAGGAGGAGAUUGGCGUGCAGGAGGUGAAGGAAGUUCUCGCUUCUUUGACUGAGGGAGCCGCAGCUCUGCCGCCGCCCCACCCCAUCUGCUUUUCUCCUGGCCUGGUCCCCGACGAGCAUCGCUGCUGGGUGUUCCAUGAGUGCGAGUUGGCGGACGGCCAGUGGCAAGUGUACUCGUGGAAGUGCAUCAGAGGCCACGUGUACGAUCCCGUCAGCGUGGCGUGCGUGCGAGGCAGGUGUCGGAGGCGUGGUUAAGAACGCUUGCUGAGUGACACCCUGAGUACGCCUUUCGUUGUCCCGGUGUUUCCUGAAGGGCGAUAGUUUCUUCAGUGUGAGUGUGGCUCCCUCUCGGGCCUUUGCAAUGUCUCUCUAGCGGCCGCAGCUUUAGAGGACUGUGUCUGUGUGACGUACGAAGACUUUCGGGGAAACUAUAUUCCAUUUCUAUAUCUUUUUCCCCCUGACACUCCCGCCAAGGAUUCCACAGUGAGGACGAGAUUAUCUCCUGUAUGUCUGCUGCCUGAUUGAACUUAAUAAUUUUUUUUUUUUGUUCGGUGUCUGAGUCACCACAUGAACUACAUUUUGAUUGCAAUACACGAGUUACAAUCUGCUUUACUCCUAUCCAUUAAAGUAUUAUAUAUAUAUAUAUAUAUAUAUAUAUAUAUAUAUAUAUAUAUAUAUAUAUAUAUAUAUAUAUAUAUAUAUAUAUAUAUUAGAGAUACUACGUAGAUGUCAAAUGAGAUGACAAUAAAGUAAGCAGUAAAACCAAACGUAAAUAUUUGUAAAUGUUACCCAUAACAGGACAUUUUCUCUGGUCCAGUUCCAUAACAUUCAAUGGGUGACUCUAAUAUUCUGGAGUGAAUAGCUUUUAAAAAUGAAAUAAAAUAAGAAUAUCGGAAACCUAUUUCGUCGACAUGUCCAAACAACAGGUGUACAGAUGAUGUGAAAAUAUGUAGAGAAAACUUACGAGGAGUAGUUGCGUGAGCACUUCAAUUUGCUUUUCCAGAUGUUUUAACGUUUUACAAUGACUCCUGUAACAAAUGGGUCAGAUUAAUAUGUUGUGUGUGACAAAGAAGAGAAAACCAUAUGGUAUAUCACCAACUACCUAUAGAAGUAAUGAGGUAUUAGAGUCCAACAGGUUUUGAUGACAGCCUGUGGGGCUCAAAGCUGUAGUGGUGAUUCGUGGAUGGGGAUUUGUAGUGCAUUCCGCGAGAUACAUCUUACUUCAGCUUUUAUUUAGUUUUCUGAGAGUUUGAGUUGCCAGGGAAAAGUAUUCGUGAUAGAUGAGUUAUGAUGAUUACCAGGAGUGUGUGUUGCUUUCUCCCGGCAGACUUACAAUCUGCAAGGGGUCCUAAGGGAGCCCAGGCUGAUGAUUGUAUCUUUUAAAUGUGUGUGUGUGUGUGUGUGUGUAGUCACUCUUCAUUAGAUACAGGUAGCCUAGUUAUUCUUGUUUAUGUCUAAUAGCAAGCACACCCUUUCACUCGCCUGUUAUUGGUUGACAGCCAUCUGUAUGAAUGUCUAUAAAUCUUAUGCAAAUUAA